CCCUCUGUCGUAUGUGUGGUUCAGUUAGGUUUACAUCCCUUUCCUGUUGUUAUUGCAUUCAAAGUGAAACACGUUUUUGUGAUCACUCUUGUGGUGUAUUCUUCUCAAUAUCACUUGAGCUAAGGCUUCGGCGAGUUUACACUUAUAGUGACGAUUGAAAUCAAUUGAUACCAAUUAAAGUUAAGAUGUCUUCAAAUGACGAACUGUCCUGUGUUUACGCCGCUCUCAUCCUUCAGGACGACGACGUGGCCAUCACUGCCGAGAAAAUUCAGACUAUCCUGAAGGCGGCCAAUGUUGAAGUUGAGCCCUACUGGCCAUCGCUGUUCAGCAAAGCACUCGAAGGCGUUGACCUGAAGGGACUGAUCACAAACGUUGGUUCGGGUGUUGGCGCCGCACCGGCCGCUGCAGCUCCAGCUGCCGCCGCACCCGCUGCUGGUGACGCCAAAAAGGAAGACAAGAAGAAAGAAAAAGAGCCCGAAAGUGAAGAAGAAGACGACGACAUGGGUUUCGGUCUCUUCGACUAAACAACUGAAGAAUAACUUUGUUUUGAUUUAUUUUGAAAUUGUAUUUAAAUUUCAGUAAAGACUUAACUAAUGUUUUGAUAAAAAUGUCGUUUAAUUUAUUUUAAU